GUAUAUGAGCGAGUAUUUCAACUUUCCCCCUUAUUCCCCUUCUAUCGUCCCUCCCAUUCGUUCUCACGGAUCUCAAUCUCAUCUCUAUUUCCACCCCUAAUUUCCGCUUUGAACGCGACUCUCCAUCGCGGAUUCAUCUUGAAUUCGUUCCGCUCUCAAGGUUUGGAGUUUGAUUGGUUGGUUGACGAAUUGGAGCUGUUUGGAGUGUAGAUCUUUGAAUUUGAGCGCGUGAUUUGGGGGUUAUUGUGAUGAAUUAUGGCUUGAAGAGGAAAUUUGGGAAGUAGUUGGCCGAGGAGUUGUUGGAUCAUGGGGAGCAGUGAUGCGGAGACACAAGCUAAGGCUGGCAAGACCUCGGCAGCGCAGGAGCAGCCAGCAGCCACCAACUCUAGCGCCACGCCUCCGGGCUACCCGGAUUGGUCCGGAUUUCAGGCAUAUUCACCGAUUCCGCCACAUGGGUUCUUCCCUUCUCCGGUUGCUUCGAGUCCUCAAGCUCACCCUUAUAUGUGGGGAACUCAGCACAUUAUGGCUCCAUAUGGGACCCCGCCACAUCCAUAUGUCAUGUAUCCUCCUGGAGGCUUAUAUGCUCAUCCAUCCAUGCCACCAGGGUCACAUCCCUUUAGUCCUUAUGCCAUGCCUUCCCCAAAUGGAAACGUUGAAGUUUCAGGUGCUGUGACUAGUGGAGCAGAAGUGGAUGGUAAGUCACCUGAAGGUAAGGAAAAAAGCCACCUCAAGAGAACAAGAGGGAGUUUGGGAAGUUUGAACAUGAUUACUGGAAAGAACAACAAUGAGCCAGCUAAAACAUCAGGUCCAUUAGCCAAUGGGGUUUUCUCUCAAAGUGGAGAAAGUGGAAGUGAAGCUUCAAGUGAAGGAAGUGAUGCUAAUUCUCAGAAUGAUUCACAACCAAAGGCUGGUGGUGGGCAUGAGUCCUUUGAAGCUGAAACAUCCCAAGAAGGCACUGCUGCACGAGAUCCUCAGAAUGGAGUCUCGCGUGCAUCAUCCCAGUCUGCUUUGAACCAGACUCUGCCCAUCAUACCCGUGCCAGCAGCAGCUGGUACGUCUGGAGGUGUUGCUGGCCCUACUACAAACUUAAAUAUAGGAAUGGAUUACUGGGGUGCACCUGCAGCGGCCAUUUCUCCGAUUCGUGGAAAGGUACCUGCUACCACAGUUCCAGGUGCUGUGGUUCCGGGUGGGUUUGUCGGAUCUCGUGAAAAUGUUCCCACAGAGAUGUGGCUCCAGCAGGAUGAAAGAGAACUUAAAAGGCAGAGGAGAAAACAAUCAAACAGGGAAUCUGCACGUCGAUCCAGGUUGCGCAAGCAGGCCGAGUGUGAAGAGUUAGCUCAGCGGGUCGAGUCAUUGAAGGACGAGAACAAUUCACUUAGAGCAGAAGUAAACCAGAUUAGGAAGGAGUAUGAACAACUACUUGCACAGAAUGCCUCUCUAAAGGAAAAACUCGGAGAACAACCAAGAGGAACUGGAGAUUCAAGACCUGACGAUAAUGACCAACAUGCAGGUGAAGACGAUCAUAGGAAAAACUCAGAUUCUGACGCUCGGCCAACACAAGAAGAUCUAGACCAGGGCAGUCACUGAGCCGGUCACACCCGCUGACUAAACCAUUGGCAUAUCUUUGAUAUGAAAAUUUGUAGAAUUUCUUGCCGUCGAUUGUUAUUAAUAGGUAGUCGAGAUGUCAAUACUGACCAACUCCAGACAUGAUUCCUGUGCAAUGGUCUUGACCAAUCUUUUUAUGGUCAAAAGCUAUAGCAGGACAUGUAAUACUGGAAUCAAAUCUCACCACUUUUAUGUUUAGAAGUGAGUUAAUCAGAUGAACUAGUCGCCAUUGCUGUCUUAUAUAACUGAAUUUGUGAUUAUGUGGCUUGCAUUUAUUAUACUUAAUAAACAAGCCAAGAUGUAUUUUUGGCAUUCGGAUUGUGAAACUUUGUUUGUACCUUUGAUACCUUUCAACAGAAUGAUUUAAGUAGCUUGCAUUUGGUAUA